AUGGAUAUGGAUGACAAUGCACCUGCCAUAAACUUCAACUGGAGCCUGAACUUUAUACCUGCGGUUGGUGAACAGCACACCGGAGCAGAGCAUCACGAGGCAGCUUCAGUGCUAUUCUCACAAGCGGUUGCCGUUGAGCUGGUCACCGUUGAGCUGGUCGCCGUUGGAGUCAAGAUGCCUAGAAAUGGCACUUGA